AUGAGGCUCUCCGUCGCAACCGGUCUCAUUCUCCUCCUGUCCCCUGUGACGCAGUCGCUCUCUGUUCCUCAGUCAGAUGUGGCUGUCGCCGAGCAGGAUGCCUCCGUUGAGGCGCCCGAAGCAGCCGAUCUAGAAAAGCGACGAGGAGGCGGAGGAGGCGGUCGAGGCGGAAGUAGUGGUGGAAGUAGUGGUGGAAGUAGUGGAGGAAGUAGUGGAGGAAGCAGCGGUGGAAGCAGUGGUGGUAGAGGAGGCUCUAGUGGAAGCUCAGGCAGUGGAGGUUCAAGUGGCAGCUCGCGGUCUGGCAGUACAUCGUCGUCAAGCAAUGCUGGCGGUUCUUCCAGAUCUGGCUCUGGCACUGCCCGCUCGUACGGCGGUGGAAGCUACUAUCCCGGAGGCGCAGCCACACCAUACACUGCAGGUGCUAGAUCAUCAUCCGGCAUCACUCCGUACCUGAUCGGCGGCGCAGCUCUGGGCUUUGGACUGGGCGUGUGGGCGCAUCCGGUGUACUCAUACCCAUACGGCGUACCCUACGGUUACCACCACCCGAUCAACGAGAGCAACUCGGACAACCAAACCACCAAUGGCAACUAUACCCUGAACGUCGUCUGUCUGUGCGAGCAAUACCAGACGUGUGGAUGCGACGGCAACACAAACAGCACGUACUUGAACGAAAUCAUCGGCGACCCUCCUCGCAACUCGAGCGCGGUGACGGUGAUGAAGAACGGCACCAACGAGACUGCCUACAUUAACGGUACUCUGGCGAAUGGCACCACGGCUGCGAAUCCCGAUUCUGGUGCGUCGCAUCUGGGCAUGCAGUGGAACGGCUAUAUCCCGGCCGUCGCGAUUGUGUCUGCAAUGGUGUGGGCUCUUUAA